AUGGCCAAUGUGGCCGUUGACUUGGGGGACUGGAGGAAAUAUCCUUUGGGCCUCAAGGGCCGCGGCCCCACUGGUGGACGCAAGCCCGGCGCCAGAGGCGGUGGUGGUGAUCCAUGGGCAAAAGGAGUCAACAUCGGUGAUGCAAUUUUCGACCCCUUUGAGCAGGCGCAGCACUACGAUCGUGAUGAAUCCUAUGUGCGGCGCUGGCUGCCUGAACUUCAUGGACAUCCUGCUGGCUCUAUCCAUACAGGAGGCGCUGUGAGGGGCCACAUCGCUCCACUUGCCACAGAGCCGCUGCAGCUUGGCCGGCGCAAGCUUGGAGUGUGGCAGGCAAAGCCACAGGUAGCUGCAGGGCGAUGGCAGCUGCAGCAGGACAAGGCUGCAUCUUCGCCACGCCAGUGUGACCAGGAAUAUCGCCCACAACGCCGUUGGCAGGCCAAGGCCUUAAGGACGCCACUACCAGAGAGGAUCAUUGGAGCAUGA